AUGAAGCCGACGACGGUCCACAGUAUGAUCGAGUACCGGCACGGAACCAUGAUCGCGGUUACGACGAGCGUGAAGAGCACGGAGACCGGUACAGGGAAGACGACCUGCCUCUCGACUAUGGCGAAGGAGAGCCCCGUCGUCAACCUCAACCUCGACCUCGAGACCGGUCACCACCUCCACGCCCCCGCAGUCGAAGUCGGGGUCGAGACUACUCCAGAGAACAACCUCGUGGCGGGCAGCAAGACCGAAGAUCCCCCAGUCGGCGGCGAGACCGAAGAUCCCCUAGUCGGCGACGAACCCAAACCGAAAGAAGGCCUCACCGACCUUACAGUGCUGAGCGCGGUCAGGGGCGAGACCCGCGCACGAGACGAUCUCGCUCUCCCGGUACUGAGCGCGCGCCGAGACCGCAGACACCACAACCACUUGCUCAUCCUCCUCUUCCCCAAACUCGCGGUAGGGGCUAUACCGUCAUCGAUCACCGUACAGGAAUUGAACACGUCUGGACCCCUGAGUACGGACAGUCUCGCGGGUCUUACACGGAUUUGA